AUGACGUUUCCUACUUUUCUACUUUACGAAUUUCUUUUGGAUUUCCAUAACGAUAGAAAGACUCUCUAUACUUGUGCAUUAGUGAAUCGAGAAUGGUGUAGAAUAACGAUUCCUCUUUUAUGGAAAAAUCCCAUAAAAUUAUUACAUGGACCUGAUGAUUAUUAUCCAUAUCAUAGAUACCGAAAUAAUCAUGUAAAACUUGUUGAUACAUAUUUAUCAUAUCUUAAUAACGAAGAGAGAGCCAAGCUUGUUAAAAAUGGAUUCAAACUACCGUUAAGAACUAACCCUCCAAUAUUCGAUUAUAUAUCUUUCUUGAGAUAUAUUUCAAAUGGUGAUAUUCAAAUGAUUAGUUUAUUCUGGUGUUUAUACUUUGAUGCUAGCAAGAUACCAGUUAUAAAUCCUUUAAAUUCUCUUGGUACUAAACGAAAGGUAAAACCUGCUUCUAGUUUAUGGAAUUUAGUUCGAGAUAUUUUUGAUAUAUUCAACAAGAAAUCAAGAUCAUUAACUACCGAAAUCGCUCAAGUUGCUCAUGCUUCCGUAGUUCCUCCUAUGGGUGAUGAUUUUUAUACAACUGAUGUAUUAUUGAAAUCCGAAAUAAUACAUCAUACUCUUACAAAGUUGAUAAUAGAACAAUGCCCUAAUAUUAAACAUUUACAAUCAACUUCAACACUUAUUGGAUCUAGUUCUAACAGUAAUUAUACGGAAAUAAUGUUAAAAUAUCCACGACUUCAUGAAUGUCUUACUCAUUUAAAGAGUUUUGAAAGUCGAAGUAAUUUCUAUAGAGGAACUUCAUUUGAUAUACUUUCCAAAAUAUGUCACGAACUACAUAAGAUUGAAGUCUCUUCAUGUAAUCCAACACAUUUAUCAACUGUUAAUGAAAGUAAUGAAAAUCCAGCUAUAAUAGAAUCUCAAAAAUUAUCAAAUCUUAUCAAAGUUCAAAGAUGCUUACGUGAAUUUAUACUUUGGAAUUGUAAAGUAGGAGUUUUGGAUAUUAUUUCUUCUUUAGUAUCAACUCAACAAUAUUCAAUGCGAGCUCUUUCUUUUCAUCAUUGCGAUUUUCAAAAUAUUAUUUGGUUGCACGUUCUUUCCGAUUUACCAAACUUGGAGACUUUAAUAUUUAAUCAAUGUAUCAAUGUUUCUGAAAAAAC